GUGAAUGAUGAGGUGAGAGAUGGCGAGAGGCGGUAUUCAACCAAGGUGAAGACUAGCUCAUGGCAUGAUGUGUAGAAUGGAUGCACACUAGUGUGGCAUGUCAUUCCCCGAUCCCGUCAUGUUUUCAAGAGCCGCAGAUCCAUGAUGAGAUCCAACCAAUCCUGAUUUGUCUGUGCAACGGGAGCAUCUCGAGACAAAAAGACAAUGGCAUGCUGCUGCCGUCUCAACCUCUGCGAUCUGCCCUCCUGCGUGCUUCUGCAUCAACUUCAAAUUUUCAACCUGUCAUCGAGUUACAGUACAACAGCUAUCAUUCGCGCCCAAUUUGGCCUGUUGACAAUUGCCGUGCUUCAAUUCCUAUUUUCCCUAUCUAGCGCCAAGUCCUCCGACGUUACGUCAUUGCUGCUUGUUACAAUCGCACUUCGGCCUUCGUUCGCAAUGUCCGGGGAAGCGGAGAAAGUCACCUAUCAAGAGCUAACCUCUGCAUCGCCGGCUUCGUCGACUGAUGUCGGCGAAACUUCAAAACUGGCCGACAUCAAUGCAGUGGCGAAUGGCGAUGUUGACAAUAAAGCAACCGGCGACAAUAACAAAACUGGUCAGGUCGCCCCAGUUGCAUCAGGCGGUCCUGUGGAGUCACGUAUCGCCGCACCGUCUUCAGCUACCCUAACUCCGACUCCGGCUCCGGCUCCGGCUCCAACUUCAGAGAGCCUCGCAGAGCCGUCGACAUCAGAAGAGAACUUGGACAGCGCCAAAACCGAGCCUAGCGGUCAGACCAAAGCUACACCCCCCGAAUCCGUCACGUUGCCAGCCGCAUUAGUCAAGACGGUGACAAACGGCACCACCAAAGAUGUUGAGACGACGGAUACACCUCAGAAAAGCACGGAGGCAGCUACCUCGGACGUUUCAGCUAAGCCUACGGAGGUUAAUACUGACAAGGUGGCAGAAGAUGCCAAAAAUGACAAAGCCGCUCAUGCGCCAGCUGUUAGUGCUAAUGGCAACACCAGGGACGACGAUGUUGAGAUGGGUGAAGCUCCUGUGGCCCCGGACAGUACAGCAGCGACUAAAACAGCAGCAUCUAUACCGCCGCUUGGAGGCGGAAAGAGAAAGGCAGAGGAGGCUUUCGGGGAUAGCAACGGUGACCUCGGCGAGACGCAGGCUCAACCCGAGAUCAGCAUCACCAACGCCGUGAAUGAGAGCGAGAUACCAACAAAAAAACGCGGCCCCGGCCGGCCCAAGAAACAGCAGAAAGAACGCAAAAUUCUCACAUCAGUUGGACGUACAGCGAGGAAGACAAGAAGCCAAGGUCCGGUAUAAGUCUCGAUUGAGAGGGAAAGCUAAGGCUUGAGAACAACUAACAUUUAUGCUCGACACUCGACCUUUUCUUUGGGAUCGUUUUGGAUUUGAUUUGGAAAUGUGAUUUCUCCAGAAUUCUGAUGUAAAUAAGCAGCAGUUGUCAGAAGAUCACCUUGUUGGAGCUACUCAUAAGUCUGCCAACAGCUAUCUAGUAUUUUUCAGGUGCCAUCUGAAACACCAUGGCCUCUCGCAAAGACUUCCAAAGAGCUGAAUGCUUCAGGGGAUGAUCAGGGGCGU